AUGGCGGACUCGACGACCAGCGUCUCUGGGUCCAACCCGCCGGCGCACUGUGUUAUCAACAUUGCUCCGGAGAUGGCACCUCACAUUGAUCCAAUGUUGGCCGCAUCGCGCUGGUCACUGCUGAGUGAUUUUGAACGAGCUCUCGAAGACAUUUGGCAAACGACCACCAGCCACGAGCAGAAUACGCCGCAGGCCGACGAUAUAAUCCAGCUAUAUUUCGAAUCUUUCGAUGACGCUCCUGCCGCGGAUUCUGACCCUCCUCCUCUUGCUCAUUCUGUUUAUGCUCGAACGGAUACUCCUGACAUCGGCUCAAUCGUCGAUCGCUUCGAAUACCAGGCUUCUUUGGCUGAAGCAUCCGCAGCUCUGCCGGACUCUCCAUUGAUACAUGGUCUUCCGCAGUCCGAAGAAAUGUCUCGAAUGUCCCUCCUAGCCAUGCCUCGCGUCGGCGAUCCUGUUAACGUAUCCCUAUGGGAUCUCGCAACGUUCUCUGCUCGACGUAAUUGGCCCCCUUCUCGCCUUGAGGUAGAAGAUAGGAUUGUAAUGCCAUUCCAAGCCCACCGAACGUCAGCUAGCGGACCUAGGGUAGAGGGCCUGUUCACAUGUCAGCACGCCGACUCUUACGAUGUCCACCGGAUCGUCCUCUUCUCGGUUUUUCUUUGGUCGGAUGAUCACAAGCUACUGGACGAGCUCGCCCAGCCGGAGGCCGUGGAUGUCUCCUACGUUCUCUCCGAGAAAUACAGCCUCCAGGGCUUUGACCAACCAUCACACCGAGUAACCCGACAUGGUAAACCGGGGAGGGUCAUUCGCGUCAAUGACAAUCCUACUCAUGGCGAUUCGACACUUACCCUUCCUCGCUCGGACGGCUCUUCCGUCGGGAGUCAAUCUUCCUUGCCUACUCCGGUAGAUGCUCAAGGUGUCAUAUCCCUUUCGCAAUUCCUUGACGAGUUGGAUACGCAGGCUCGUACUUCUCCAGCGAUCCAUGCCACCCCUCAAAGUCCGCACGGCGGCCCAUCUCGCAGCAGGACGUUGUCAAUGCGACCAUUUGGGCGGCCAGGGACAGCGUCGAGCGAGACCAUCAGGAGCACGACAUGCUCAGAAGAGUCCCCCGCCAAAGUCAGGUUCAUGGAGGGCCUGCGCGAAGUUAUCCCGCGAGCCGUCUUGCGCGGUCCUCACUUGCGUAGCAAACCACAUGCAAGCGAAGUACAGGCAGGCAAGCCCUCGCAGUCCGUCACUCUGGUCGACUUCCUCGAAGAGGGUCGAUUGCCGUCGCCAGCCUCGGCGAAGAUCCCGCGGCGCCACUCCGGAGUCCCCGGUGUAAACUCCAGCGUUGGCGUGCCUCGCAGGGCGAGAUCCUUCACCCCACGCGAGCCCACGGUUCGCUCGGACCCUGGAUCCCGCGCCGUUCUACAGUUCAUACAGGAAAGUGACGUACGACGCACUGAGAAGAAAGCGGUCAAUCACCCCGAAGAGGAAGGGACGGUCGUUCGCCUUGAUGGCUACAUUCAAGUACCUGGGCUACCAAGGCCGAGACGGGAGUGGACGUCUUUUGAGAGGCAGACUUUUCUGCAUCUCCUCAUCGAGCAUCCGCGACUCUCCAAUGAACCAGGCCCAGGAGCCAUGCAACCAAUUCACGUGGAGAUUCCUCUCCAGAAGGAGUUGAUCCACGUCCAUCCCGUCGACGAUACUAUUCCAUCGACGAUGCUGUUUCGUGAUCGUGCAUCUUCGUGA